AUGGCUUCAUGGCUUCACCCCGAAAAGAAAAGCAACCAAAAUCAAGUUCCUCCUCUGCAACAAAAAUCAAGAAUACCAGUCAGAGUGACUCGCCUAAGCAGAGAGGGUAACAGAAGACCUUCGUCCGAGAACGGAGCCUAUAACAAAGCGCAGCUGGAGAGAAUUUCAGUAAGCAAACUUCAAAACAAGCGGCCAUCGCGGAUUCCGAUUCCGAUGGAUGAUAGGAAGAACAAAGUCAAAGUUAAAGUCAAUCUAUCCAAGAAUGUCAAAACAACUCGAGGAGAAAAGUUUCUUGGAAAAAAUUCAGUCACAGGUAUAAACCUGCAAGAAACUCAAGAAAAACACGGCAAGAAGAGGGCAAUCUCCGUUACUUCAACUACAGCUAAAUAUGGCAGUUAUAUUCGCGCUAAGAAAACCAAGCCAAAUGUCAGGCGACGUGUACCACGACAACCUUCACCCAUUGAGACAGAGCCGAAACAGGUUGAUCUGAAGAAGAUCUGUAUCGAUGAGAAAGAACCACGAGAAGAACGCUCGGCUAAUGAAGUAUCAUCCUUAGUCAGAACUGUAGAAGUCACGCCAGAUUUUGAGUGUAACGUUGCACCUGUUCAUGAGGAAGAGCUCCAUAUGGGAACUGAAACAGAUUUCAGUGACAGUGGGUUUAGCUACGACUUUGAACGUCAGUCAAAAUCCACAGACGAGAAGGCAAUUCCCAAUGUGCUCGCAUGGCUAAGAAAGGAGUACAGAGAGAGAGAUGAAAUAGACGAUAACAUCGUGAAAGAUGACAACGCCGUCACGAGCGCGGCACAAAAUGACAAACAUGAACCAGAGUUUGAUUCAGAUAGCAAAAUGGAUGUCGAUGAAUGCAGCGACUUAACAGGAUACAAGCGUUCAGUUCCAGCAGUCAUAAACAUUUCUGGAUAUUUAUUCCCACAAGAGUUGUCCAAGGCUUUGGAAACUGCUAAACCUGAAAGUAAGAAAGAGUAUGCAUCGCAAUCGGAAGAAAACUUUCCAGAAGAAGAACCAAAGCUCCACAAAGAAAACAUCGAGAUGGAAUUUGAACAACUUAAAAGGGAAAACACUAAGCUCGAAACGCAGAUUAGCGUCAUGACCGAGGAACUUGAAACGUACCGAAAGAAGAUAGAAACUUUGCAGGCUGACUUGGAUAAGAGCAAAGUUGAAGUAAACCGACUGCAGUUUAAGGAAGAAUACAAAGAAAGAGAACUGGCAAAUUUAAAACGUGAUCUCCAGAGCAAGGAGCAAAAAUGGAAACAAGGAAACGAACACGUGGAAAAGGAUAUGGCAGAUAUAGGAGAUCUAUGGGAUGAUGUCGAUUACAUGCAUGAAAGCUUAAAGAACAGUCAGGAAAGGAAUGAAAUUCUGACGUUUGAGGUUGAUGAGCUGACGAUAAUGAUGCAGGAAAUGAGGAGAGAGUAUUGGAUGGAACACAGUCGCGGCGGAUGCGGACAUCUACGCGAGGAAGUAGAGUUACUAAACGGAUCCUUGGAAUUGAAAGAACAGCGAGUUGUUGUGUUAGAGAGCCAAAUUGACGCUUUUCAAGCAGAAAGAAAAGAAUUACUGAAUAGUGUUGGGUACUUGGAGGAAAGCUUAAAGAACAGUCAAGAAAAAAAUGAAGAUCUGACGUUUGAGGUUGAUGAGCUGACGAUAAUGAUGCAGGAAAUGAAGAGAGAGUAUUGGAUGGAACACAGUCGCGGUGGAUGCGGACAUCUACGAGAGGAGGUAGAGUUACUAAAUGGAUCCUUGGAAUUGAAGGAACAGCGAGUUGUUCUGUUGAAGAGCCAAAUUGACGCUUUUCAAGCAGAAAGAAAAGAAUUAUUAAAUAAUGUUGGAAAUGAAGAGAGAAUAUUGGAUGGAACACAGUCGCGGUGGAUGCGGACAUCUACGAGAGGAAGUAGAGUUACUAAACGGAUCCCUGGAAUUGAAAGAACAGCGAGUAGUUCUGUUAGAGAGCCAAGUGGACGCGUUUAA